AUGGCCGAAGUCGCACCCGCCGCCAGUGCCGUCGAGAUCAACGACGCGCUCUUCUGCCAGCACUUCAAGGAGGUUUGCGAGGAGUGCGACGUCGACAACAGGGAGGAGAACGACGCGUUCUUCGGGCUCGACAACAAGCCGCGCGAUGGCAUCGAGGCCCCAGCUGCUUCGCAGACUAAGGAUGGAAUCUGGCAGUGCAAGAAGCACGGAUCAACCACUUGCAACCAGUGCUACGGCUGGAAGAAGCAGAUCACUCGUCUCCAAGUAGCCGCGAAGAAAGCAGGGAAGAAAGGCAACUAA